CAUGGUGUGUCGAGCCUCGAACAGAUAAUCAAUUCCGCAGCCAUUGUCUAAAUCGCACAAAACCCACGUCGAUUUCUCCAAAAUUUUCCCACUUUCUCUCCGUUUUUCUUGCCCACCAAGCACCCUCCCCACCCCCACAAAAACAGGGGAAACAAUCCAUUGAUCAUCGAUUCAACACAACCCUUUGCCAUACACCCAUUGUUUUUCGAUUUGCCCAGGAACAAUCCUGGUGGUGGGGAAGAAGAUGACGAAGGAAAGUAGCAGUGAGGUGGCGAAAGUUAAGAGAGACAAGCUCGCAGCAUGCAUGACAUGUCCGCUCUGCAAUGAUCUCUUCACGGAUGCUACCACCAUAUCUGAAUGCCUCCAUACCUUUUGCAGGAAGUGCAUAUAUGAGAAGAUAACAGAAGAGGAUAUAAAUAACUGUCCAGUUUGCAAAACUGAUCUAGGUGUUGCUCCACUAGAGAAACUCAGGGUAGAUAAUAGUUUGCAAGAUUUAAGGUUGAAAAUCUUUCCCUCAAAACGAGUGAAGCCUGCCGCACCUGAAAUGUUCCCAUUGCCGGCUAAGAGAAAGGACAGAUCUCUGUCUUCGUUGGGGGCCAGCACAUCAAGAGCACCAAGAAGGUCAUACGUGACAGGGAGAAGAUCAAAACUUCCUCUGAGGAGAAAAACUGCUCCAGAAGAAUCUACUCAACUGAUUGACAUUGAGAAACCUGCUAAAGAGGUGGAAGAUUGCCCACAGAAUUUAAGCUCACUAAAGACUCACAGCAUGAAUGCAGAAACUAAAAUGCAGAAUUAUACUGUUGGAGAGUCUUCUAAGCAACACAUGCCUGAUCAAGAUACAGAAAACCAUGCUGAAGCAUUAGAAGUGCAGAAUCACACUGUUGCUGAGUCAUCUGAGCAACAGAUCCUCAAUAGUCGUAGAGAAAAUCAUGUGGAAACAGUGGCCGGGAUAGCUGAUUUGUGGAAUCCUCUGAAUCAUCUGGUAGAAGCUGCAAGCAAAGAAGAGCCUCACAAGAGCUCAGAAGAAAACGUUGCAAAACCUAUAGUAAUUAAUUUAUUUGGAAAUAAAGUAUAUCUUUCAAAUGUUGGGGAAAGUGGUAACAUGUCAAAAUUCUCCGGUAAUGAAAGAGACUCAAAAGUACCAAGUGUUGAAGAAAAUGGUAACAUGUCAAAAGUCCCUGGUAGUGAAACUGACUCAAUACCUCCAAGUGUUAAGAAAAGCAGCAAUGAUCCCAAAAUUCCUGAUAAUGAAAAUGACUCAAUGGCUGGACCUUCAACCUCAGCAAGACCUAGAAGGUCUCGAGGCAUUCAACAGAAAAAACCAGCUUUUCUUGAGGACUUGAAUCUUCCAGCUCUUCCACCUCCUCCAUCUCCACCAGCUCUUCCAUCUCCUCCAGCUCUUCCACCUCCUCCAUCUCCUCCAGCCCUCCCACCUCCUCCAGCUCCUUCAGCUCCAGCACAGGCUUUGGUUGAUGGAAACAGUAACAAUUUUGAUGCAAGAUCCAUUCCAAUAUGGUUCACGUUAUUGGCUUCUGUUGACCAGGAGGGAAAUGAACCUUUGCCUCAGAUAUCUUCGCGCUACUUAAGGGUCAAGGAUCGCAAUUUAACUGUUUUAUUCAUGAAGAAGUAUCUCGCACAAAAACUGGGUCUUUUUAGUGAGGCUGAGGUGGAAAUCUCAUUAGCAGGGCAGCCAGUGGGUUCUUCAUUGGAAAUACACCAUCUGGUAGACUUUUGGGUGCACACAACCCCAUUAUCAGAAAGAAGAGAAGCAAUGGUGGGUGGUUCAGGCCAUGAAUUUGUGAUGAAGCUAUUCUACAGUCGAAAACUUCAACCUGUCAUAACCAUUUCGGACUAACUGUUGCUACACCACCACCUGUGCCAGAACCAUCCCAUUCCAAAUGAUAAAGCAAAACAAUCUUUUCCCAAUUCCGCAGCGGCCAGCGUGAAUUUGAAUGUUCAUUCUAUUUUAGCAAUUUUCAGACGCAUAUAGACAUUAUGCAUGCCCUUUUGGCUAACUCUGUUUUAUCAACCUCAUUUUUCUCCUUUCAUGUUAUAUUAACCUUGCUUGAGAUAGCAAGCAAGAGAACUAGUAGUUCAAAAUAAAUUACUGGAUAAUAA